CUCUUCGCGAAGUGGACGCGCGGCGCGACGGGCUACCCCUUCGUCGACGCCGGCAUGCGCCAGCUCGCGGCCGAAGGCCGCAUGCCCCACCUGCUCCGCCAGCUCUGCGCGGCGUUCCUCGUCCGCGACCUCCGCGUGCCCUGGCGCUGGGGCGCGGAGUGGUUCGAGGCGCAUCUCCUGGACCACGCGCCCGACGCGAACUACGGCAACUGGGGCUAC